CUUACGGUAUGCAAAUAGGCUGCCUGGCCACUGGGGGCAAUGAUGAUGAAAAAAAUACGGAAUCUCUGCGGUACCAUAUUUCUUGGUUUCUGCCUGUGGUGGUUGCCAAAUGGAAAUCGGAUGAAGGACGGUGCAAGCCAACAGCUGGCCCGUGUGACAUGUGCUGCCUUUUUGCUCCUUCUCUGUAUGUCAGAUUUCUCACUCCGAAAUAGAGGCAACCAGACAACCCUCUUCUUUGAACGUUACGUUGGUCCUGCAUCUGCACGUUCGCUUGCAGCUAUGCGCAUAUCAUGCUCGGUCCUGUUAUUGACUUUCACAUCGGAUCACAUGACAUCUCCACUCGCGGCAACUGCACAGGUCCCCCGAUGGAUGUGUCGACCUACGGGCAUAAUUCGACUGCUCAACGAGUGUGGUGUACUCGGCGGGCUCUUCGAGGAUGCACGUUCACUCUGGCGGCUUGAGCAGCUCACACGGGCAGCACUAGGCUGCGUCGCGAUGGGUCUAGGGACGCCUGUUGUUGCUCCAUGCGCUUCCAUACUUUGGCUUUUCUAUGGCGGUGUGUUGCGAGCGUACAACACAUGGCGUGGACACUCCUUUAUCGCUGCAUGGUGGACUCUGGUUGUUUUGGCAUGGCGCGGUGGCGCUGCCGACGCAGCUUCACUUGACUCUUGCCUGUGUGCCUUGUACGAAGACGCAAAGCUUGCAAAUGUUGCACGAGGCCGAUGGUGGACCGCCGGGAGGCCUUCCCAUUGGAACAGGCGAUUCAGCAGGCCUUUACCGCACACACAUGCAACUGAGUUGGCACGUGCCGCUGACCGUGGCUGGACGCGAUUUCUGGUCACGCUGAUUUUUGCAAACAAUUAUCUUAUGGCAGGUUUGUCCAAGCUCUGUGCUUCGGGAGUUGCAUGGGCCUCCGGAGAUAAUCUAAAAGCAAAACUACUGCAAACAACGCUCACGCAAACGUCCUUUGGAUGCUACCUUACACUUUUCUGUAGGCGCUUUCCCGACACCUUUUUUGGUGCUCUCGGUGCAUGUGGCCUUUACGGGGAGAUAGCCAUGGGCCUUGUGCCGUUUUUCUCAUUUGCCAAGCUACUCCUCCCUAUAGCUAUGUGGGGGAUGCACGUGAGCAUCGCUGCAUUGCAACACAUCAUUUUUGUUGACCUGCUCUUCUUCAUCCCAGCCUGGUAUAUUUGGCACGUGAUAGAUCGUAAUCCAGGCAAGUUGAGGCCUCUUGCGCACGCGCAACAUCCUUGGGAUUGGACCCAGUGGGUCGACGAUAUUCAUGCCUGUUGGCUUAAAGCGCGUGCUUUCAGCCAGGGACCCCGUUUAUUCCAGGCCACCCCCCGCGAGUCCGCGGCCAUAUUAGAUAACAACCACCUUAAAGAUAAAAAACUGCCUGACUUGCCCGAGGACCUGCCAACUCCCAAAGCAGUAGUGCUUGAUGCCAAUCCAUCUCUUCCCCAUGAGGAUAUAAUCCACGCGGGUGCGAGACAAACGCUGCUCUUUAUGCUUGUGUUCCUUGGCGUGUGGACGCGGGGGGCUGAAUGGUUUCCAUAUAAUGCGUUUCGCAUGUUUGCUGGCUGGACAUCCAGGCCCAUCCUUUAUGAGCGCUACAUUGCACUCGGUGGUGACGGCUCUCGAAUACGUAAUUUUCACUACCAUGAGAUCCACCCGGCACUCAACCGAAAACGCCUCGUUGAGGCCUUUAAUCGCUGCGCUGAUGAGCCCGAGUCGGCUGAUUGCUGUGUAUAAGUCAACCAAUGACGUGGAUGCCCGAAACCCUCAAAAUUCUCCAUCUCGGCCAGGACGAUGUCGUUUGGCUGGUCAUGGUUAAUAUGACAAAGUCAGAGA